AUAAGGGGGUAUGCUUGUUUUCUUUCUCUUAUCAGGAAGCUUGAAAAGAAGAGGCUGUCAAGAUGCCUGAAACUGGCGGCGCAUCAGGUGCACCCAAGAAGGGUCUGACACUCGACGACCUCAUCGCAGCCAUCGACCGGCAUGAAAGGAAUCCGAGCAAUAUCCCAAAGGUCGAUACUUUUCAUUUUUGUGGAGAAACAGUCUCGGAAUGGCUGGAGCGGGUGGAACAAGCUUUGGUCGGGUGGUCGGACAUUGUAAAAUUUCAACGCAUCCUUCAGAAUGUCCUCCACAGCUACCACCAAGAGGUGAAGAAAGUCAUAGAUGCAGCCCAAGGCAGCUGGGAGAGGUUUAAGGAGGGCAUGCAGAGGAAGUACCGCCUGGGAGACGGGUUGUUGACUACCGCGGACCUUGAGGCGAUGAACAAAGAGGAUUUUACGACGAUAGGGGUUUUUGUCCAAGAAUUUAAGAAAAGGGCGCGGAAGGUCCAUGGGAUUUCGGAGGAAGCACAGUGCGCCAUCUUCCUGGGGCUGCUCACGGCAUCGAAGGCCGUCGAGUUGACGAGACAUGGAGGAGGUAACACCAAGCUCACUUGGACCACCAUUGACAGAGGGGUGGAAGUUGGGUGUUUGGACCAGGUGGAGCAACGUCAGGUACGCCUGCAAAGGCAGAAGAAAAACGAAAGAGAUGCGACUGCUUCUGGGACCCCGGGGGUAACAAGGAUUGUUACAGACGUAUUGGCACAGCUAGGGGAUGCGACAGAGCCGGUGGUGCAAAGGAGGGUGGUGACGGCUGUCAAAGUGAAAGGAAAAGAGUCGGUGAUAGAGGAGGUCGUUCAGGAGGAGCUCUGGGAAGAGGAAGAGCCGGUGCCGCAGCACCUGACGAAGGUCCAGCGCAAAGGUUCCCAAAGGCGGUACAAGACGGUAGACAAGAAGUGCAGCCCGGUUCCCGUCCUCGUUACAGAGGACGAGGAAGCAUAUUACGAGAGGGAACGAGAGUUGAUACGGCGAAUGAGGGAGAGUGCUCUAGCAGGGCCAUGUCGUAUCAACGAAGGGAACGAGGGGGAGUUGAUUAUAGGGGAACCCGACUUCCUACUGCCUCAAGAGCGAACAUUGAUGGUGGAAUUAAUGAAGAGGAGGCAUCGCGCCUAUGCGUUUAGCGACGAAGAGCGUGGCAGACUGGAUGUGGACAAGAUACCUAUGAUCCUCAUCCACACCGUGCCACACGAGCCUUGGAACAUGAGAGGGGCGCGAUAUCCUAACCCUGACGAGGAAAAGAAGGUGGUGGACUACCUCGACGGCAAGAUAAGUACACACGUCGCCGACUAUUCUAGUGGACCGUAUGCGUCCCCGUGGUUCUGCUUCAUUAAGCCUAAUAGGACGCUGAGAUGGGUGCAAGAUCUGCAGAGGUUAAAUGUGGUGACCGUGCGAGAUGGUGGAGGACUGUCAAAUGCGGAUGCUUUGUCGGAAUCCUGUGCUGAAAGGCCUAUAAUUUCGCUUAUAGACCUUUACUCAGGAUACGAUCAGUUUCCGGUCUACCGGCCGGAUAGGCCGGUGACGGCUAUGCAUACGCCGCGAGGAUUAAUCCACAUGAACGUGGCCCCUCAAGGGUGGACCAAUGCGGUAGCAAUGGUCCAACGGGCCAUGAUUCGGGUUAUGCAGUCAGUCAGCCCCCAUAUUACACAGCCAUACAUCGACGAUUUGGCGGUGAAGGGGCCAGCAGUGAAGGAGAGCGAUGAAGUCUCGCCAGGGUGGAUGAUGGAGCUAGCGUUGGCCAACUCGCAUAGCCUGGUGGAGGAUAUGAGGACGAUUGAGGAAGGACCAGACCAGGUAGAACGGCAUGAGGACCUGAUGGGAGGAAUGUAUCUCCUCGUUAACACAUUAUUGCAGGAAAGCCUUGGCCAGUCACGCUCGUUGAACCCGGCAGGGAAUGUGGACGAAGUGCCCGAGAGCCAGGACAACGAGUUCGAGGAAGGGAAAAUUAAGGAGGUUUUUCGUGCAGAGGAGUACGACGGGAUCUACCUAGAGUUGGGGCUUCUUUUGUCAUGUGAAAUGCGGCUAAGGGAUGCAAGCGAUAGAGCUCAGAGGAUGCUGCAGCGCUAUUUAGUGCGAGACGACCACCUUUUCGUGAGAAGAGAAGUGGGGAAUCCCAGGAGAGUCGCCUGCGGUAGGAAUCGUAAGAUCGACGUCGUAACAGCGCUUCAUGAUGGCAUUGCAGGAGGGCAUCGAGUGGUACAAGCCACGUAUGCCAAGAUAAGUGAGUUGUACUACUGGAAUGGGAUGAUGGACAUGGUCGGAAAAUUUUGCCGAUCUUGCGUACCUUGCCAAGAGAGAUCCCAUUUAAGGCUAGGAGAGCCGCUGCAUCCAAGGCUAGAGCGAGAGGUGGGGGCCGUAGUGCAUCUCGAUCUACUUUUUAUGCCGCUUGGGGAUCAAGGCUAUAACUAUAUCUUCGAUGCGCGCGAUAACCUGUCUGGAGUUGAGAGGCGUCAGAGGAGUCAGAGGCAGAGGGGCCCUGAGCCCAGGGAGGCGAGACCGUCUCGAGGAGGACGGAAGACCCUAGCCAGGAGAGAGGAGGAGCCGGAGCAGGAGCCAGAGGUUGAGGAGCGAGGGGCAUACCCUGAGUGUAGGUUGGGACCAGUGGAGUUCCAUCGUUUUACUGAGGGUGGAUUGAGGAGGUCGCCAGCACACACAAAGGAGGAGCCGCCAAUGUCUGAAGGGCCUUUGAGGGAGUUGGAGACACAUCUAGAUAUUUCUCGGUGGAGGGCGUCGCCUCAGGGUGAGGAGCAUGGAGAGCAGGCAGAAGAGGUGCCACGGGAGGAGGUCCAAGGUACUCAGCAAGAGAGAGGGUUGGGCGAUGAGGGGAGACGUGCAGGGAAGAAAGUAAUAGAGGUUGGAAAGGACACGCCCCCUCAGACGUCGGCGGUGGGCUUGAGACUCGGGGAUGCACCAGGAAGCACUCGCCAGGCGAAGGAGAGGUUGAAGAGAGAGGAGGUCUCAUUUCCUUCAUCAGAAAAGGCUCCUUCGCCAGAGGGGAGAGCAGAAAGGAGAAGAGAAAGGGCAGUUGUAAGGAGGGAAGCUUUGACCCUGAUUGAUAGGCACCUAGCAGCUUAUGCCCUGGAACACCCAGACCUGGAGGGGCCAGCACCUGCAGAGCCGCGCCAGGAGUCGUGCCAGCCCGAGAAGGAGAUGGAAGCAGAGAUCCCAAAGAAGGUCGACCUCCGCACGAGGGAAAGGGCGCCAGCUGGAGAGACGGCUGAAGAAAAGAGGGCGAGAAAAACCAGGCGGAUAGAUGAGAUAUGGCAAGAGAGGCAGAGGUUGGAGGCAGCGGGGGAGCUUCCGGAGCAGCAACAGGAAAGGCAGAGAUCGGAGGCAGCAGGAGCACUCCCAGGUCAGCCACCAAACGUGCCAACUAGGGCCCCGGAGAUCCCUGAGAUGUGGAGGGACUUCUGCGAACGAAGAGGAGAGGAGCUUCCCUCACCAGUCAGAGUCGGGUUUGGGGUGGUCAGGACGGCAGAAGAAAGGUUAGAUCGCAAAAUCAAGUUCCCGACCAAGACGACUUUUGACCGGCACUUGUUAUUAGAGAGCGAUCUAGCAGGGAGGAAGAUGAAGGAAGCAAGCCAUGGAGUACGCCUGGAGGCUAUGGAGGUGGAAAUCCAGGAACUCAGGGCAUUGGUGGCCAGCCAGACAGCUAUCAUCGGGAGCCUGAGGCAGCAAACCCAUGGAAAGGUGGACAGGCCAGAGAGCAGCCGGCAGGGAGAGGUUAUCCUGGAGCCAGAGGAGGCGAGAGCACAGAGACAGGCGGAGAGAGAGGCAUUCGAGUUCAGAGCUCCUACCGGGCUCGCGACACUGCCAGUAGCGGCGGCAGGUUCAGUCGUACCUUUGGCAGUAGAGGAGGGGCUACCACCAUCUAGCAGUGAGCUAGCUCAGGGCUCAGCAGAGGGAUCCAUGGGCGUGCUCCUUGAGGCGGUGCAUACUAUGCAGGAGGAGGUGAGUUUGUUUUCACCUGAGCAGAGGAUAGAGGAGCCUCUUGAGAGAAAGAUAGGGAUUGAGGCAGAGGGUGUCAUCGAGAGCGGGCUCCAGAGGAUGGGCACGCCUGAGUAUGGGCCAGAGGAGAUCGAGGAACAGCCCAUGACAGUGUCAGAGGAGACACUCGAGAGGAGACCUCAGAGAUUAGAUACGUCUGAGUACGUCCCAGUGAUAGAGGAUUUGAGGAGCAGACUGGGAUCUUGGGCUACUGGAUCUGGGUCUGAAGGACUGGUUCCUGGGGUAGAACAGCAGGAGGUCGUUAGUACCGCAACUCCUCGAUUAAAGCAGCAGGGGGUUGUCAGUACCUUGGUGGGAUCUCCUUCAUCGCCACCUCCUCGGCCCAAGAAGAAGAAGUUCAAGAGGAAGGUUGAUCAGUUAUGCUUUUAUUGCAAGAGGGGCGCGCAUCUGGCUUUGGACUGUCUCGAGUUCCUUAAGGAUAAGGCAGAAGGAAAGGUGUCAGAGGCAGGGGGUAAGAUGUAUGAUAGGCAGGGUAGGAUAGUAGAGAAGUCCGCAGAUGGACUUAGGGCUCAGUUAUAUAGACAAAACCAGGAAGAGUUGAAAAGGUAGAGCCGGUUUGGCUAUAUAAGUGGGCGAGUAUCUUGUGAG